AUGCCGACAGAACCAGCGCCUUCACAUACACCCGCAUCUACAACAUCACCAGAAAUACCGACAGUUAGAGCGCUUACACAUACACCCGCAUCUACAACAUCACCAGUAAUGCCGGCAACACCAGUGCCUACACAUACACCCGCAUCUACAGCAUCACCAGAAAUACCGACAAUUAGAGCGCUUACACAUACAACCGCAUCUACAACAUCACCAGUAAUACUGACAACACCAGUGCCUACACAUACACCCGCAUCUACAACAUCACCAGUAAUACCGACAACACCAGCGCUAACACAUACACCCCUAUCUACAACUUCACCUAAAAUACUGACAACACCAGUGCCUUCACAUACACCCGCAUCUACAACAUCACCAGUAAUACUGACAAAACCAGCGCUAACACAUAUACCCGCAUCUACAACAUCACCAGUAAUACUGACAACACCAGUGCCUACACAUUUACCCGCAUCUACAACAUCACGAGAAAUGCUAACAACAACAGCGCCUACACAUACACUCGCAUCUACAACAUCACCAGUACUACUGACAACACAAGCGCCUUCACAUACACCUGCAUCUACAACAUCCUCAGUAAUACUGACAACACCAGCGCCUAAAAAUACACCCGCAUCUACAACAUCACCAGUAAAACUGAUAACACCAGCGCAAACAAAUACACUCGCCUCUACAACAUUACCUGUAAUACUGACAACACCAGCGCCUACACAUACACCCGCAUCUACAACAUUACCAGUAAUACUGACAACACCAGUGCCUACACAAACACCCGCAUCUACAACAUCACCAGUAAUACUGACAACACCAGUGCCUACACAUACACCCGCAUCUACAACAUCACGAGUAAUACUGACAACACCAGCGCCUCCACAUACACAGGCAUCUACAUCAUCACCAGUAAUACCGACAACACCAGUGCCUACACAUACACUCGCAUCUACAACAUCACCAGUAAUACCGACAACACCAGCGCUUGCACAUACACCCGCAUCUUCAACAUUACCAAGCGCUUAUCCAUACACCCGCAUCUACAACAUCACCAGUAAUACUGACAACACCAGUACCUAUACAUACACCCGCAUCUACAACAUCACCAGUAAUACUGACAACACCAGCGCCCACACAUACACAGGCAUCUACAACAUCACCAGUAAUACCGACACCACCAGUGCCUACACAUACACCCGCAUCUACAACAUCACCAGUAAUACCGACAACACCAGUGCCUACACAUACACAGGCAUCUACAACAUUACCAGUAAUACUGACUAUAUAAGCGCUUGCACAUACACCCGCAUCUACAACAUUACCAGUAAUACUGACUAUAUAAGCGUCUACACAUACACCAGCAUCUACAACCUCACCAGUAACACUGACAACACCAAUGCCUUCAAAUACACCCGCAUCUACAACAUCACCACGCCCACACAUACACAGGCAUCUACAACAUCACCAGUAAUAACGACAACACCAGUGCCUACACAUACACCCGCAUCUACAACAUCACCAGUAAUACCGACAACACCAGUGCCUACACAUACACCCGCAUCUACAACAUUACCAAGAGCUUAUCCAUACACCCGCAUCUACAACAUCACCAGUAAUACCGAGAAUACAAGCGCAUACACGUUCACCCGCAUCUACAACAUUACCAGUAAUACUGACUACAUAAGCGCGUACACAUACACCCGGAUCUAUAACAUCACCAGUAAUACUGACAUCACACGGACCUACACAUACACCCGCAUCUACAACAUCACCAGUAAUACGGACAACACCAGCGCCUACACAUACACCCGCAUCUAUAACAUCACGAGUAAUACUGACAACACCAGUGCCUACACAUACAUCCGCAUCUACAAAAUCACCAGUAAUACUAACAACACAAGUGCCUACACAUACACCCGCAUCUACAACAUCACGAGUAAUACCGACAAUACCAGCGCCUACACACACACACCCGCAUCUAAAACGUCACCAGUAAUACUGACAACACCAGCGACUACACAUACACAGGCAUCUACAACAUCACCAUUAAUACCGACAACACCAGUGCCUACACAUACACCCACAUCUACAACAUCACCAGUAAUACCGACAACACCAGCGUUUACACAUACACCCGCAUCUACAACAUCACCAAGAGCUUAUCCAUACACCCGCAUCUACAACAUCACCAGUAAUACCGAGAAUACAAUCGCAUACACGUUCACCUGCAUCUACAACAUUACCAGUAAUACUGACUACAUAAGCGCCUACACAUACACCCGGAUCUAUAACAUCACCAGUAAUACUGACAUCACACGCACCGACACAUACACCCGCAUUUACAACAUCAACAGUAAUACUGACAACACCAGCGCCUACACAUACACCCGCAUCUAUAACAUCACGAGUAAUACUGACAACACCAGUGCCUACACAUACAUCCGCAUCUACAACAUCACCAGUAAUACUGACAACACCAGUGCCUACACAUACACCCGCAUCUACAACAUCACGAGUAAUGCCGACAAUAUCAGCGCCUACACACACACCCGCAUCUACAACAUCACAAGUAAUACUGACAACACCAGCGCCUACACAUACACCCGCAUCUACAACAUUACGAGUAAUACUGACAACACCAGUGCCUACACAUACACCCGCAUCUACAACAUCACGAGUUAUACUGACAGCACCAGCGCCCACACAUACACCUGCAUCUACAACAUCACCAGCAAUAAAGACAACACCAGUGCCUACACAUACACCCGCAUCUACAACAUCACCAGUAAUACCGACAACACCAGCGCCUACACAUACACCCGCAUCUACAACAUCAUCAGUAAUACUGACAACACCAGCGCCCACACAUACACAGGCAUCUACAACAUCACCAGUAAUACCGACAACACCAGUGCCUACACAUACACCCGCAUCUACAACAUCACCAGUAAUACCGACAACACCAGCAGAGCUUAUCCAUAUACCCGCAUCUACAACAUCACCAGUAAUACCGAGAAUACAAGCGCAUACACGUUCACCCGCAUCUACAACAUUACCAGUAAUACUGACUACAUAAGCGCCUACACAUACACCCGGAUCUAUAACAUCACCAGUUAUACUGACAUCACACGCACCUACACAUACACCCGCAUCUACAACAUCACCAGUAAUACUGACAACACCAGCGCCUACACAUACACCCGCAUCUAUAACAUCACGAGUAAUACUGACAACACCAGUGCCUACACAUACACCCGCAUCUACAACAUCACCAGUAAUACUGACAACACCAGUGCCUACACAUACACCCGCAUCUACAACAUCAAGAGUAAUACCGACAAUACCAGCGCCUACACACACACCCGCAUUUACAACAUCACCAGUAAUACUGACAACACCAGCGACUACACAUACACAGGCAUCUACAACAUCACCAGUAAUACCGACAUCACCAGUGCCUACACAUACACCCGCAUCUACAACAUCACCAGUAAUACGGACAACACCAGUGCCUACACAUACACCCGCAUCUACAACAUCACCAGUAAUACUGACUAUAUAAGCGCCUACACAUACACCUGCAUCUACAACAUCACCAGUAACAUUGACAACACCAGUGCCUACAUAUACACCCGCAUCUACAACAUCACCAUUUAUACCGACAGUUAG